GCUCCUGAGGCAGCGCCGUGCGGGGGGAGCGGCCCCGCGCUGCAGCCAUGGAGCCGCUCCGCCGCCUCCUGCUCAGCCCGGCCGCGCUGCUGCUGCUGCUGCUCCCGCCGAGGCUCGGGAACACCAGCUCAGUAACUGUGCCAGAAACACUGCUGUUUGUUUCAACCCUGGAUGGAAGUUUGCACGCUGUCAGCAAGAGGACAGGAGCAAUCAAGUGGACUUUAAAAGAAGAUCCUGUCCUCCAGGUGCCAAUCCAUGUGGAAGAGCCAGCAUUUCUUCCAGACCCAAAUGAUGGCAGUUUGUACACGCUUGGUGGCAAGAACAGUGAAGGCUUGACUAAACUUCCAUUUACUAUCCCAGAGCUGGUGCAGGCAUCUCCCUGUCGCAGUUCUGAUGGGAUCCUGUACAUGGGUAAAAAGCAGGAUAUUUGGUACGUGGUUGACCUCAUGACUGGGGAGAAACAGCAGACCUUGACUUCCUCUUUUGCAGAAAGUCUUUGCCCAUCAACAUCCCUCCUGUAUCUUGGGAGAACAGGUUUUUUUGCUUCAAAGACUGUAUAUUUUUUAACAGAGUACACAAUCACAAUGUAUGACACCAAAAAGAAGGAGCUGCGAUGGAAUGCCACCUAUUUUGAUUAUGCAGCUACUUUGCCUGAUGAAGACAUAAAAUACAAAAUGUCCCACUUCGUGUCCAACGGGGACGGGCUGGUGGUGACCGUGGACAGCGAGUCUGGGGACGUGCUGUGGAUCCAGAAUUAUGCGUCCCCCGUGGUGGCUUUUUACAUCUGGCAGCGAGAGGGGCUGAGGAAAGUCCUGCACACCAACGUGGGCAUUGAGACCCUGCGCUACCUGACCUUCAUGUCUGGGGAGGUCGGACACAUCACCAAGUGGAAAUAUCCCUUCCCAAAGGAAACAGAGACCAAGAGCAAACUAACCCCAACCCUGUACGUAGGGAAGUACUCCACGAGUUUGUACGCGUCGCCCUCUAUGGUGCACGAGGGAGUCACUGUCGUGCCCCGUGGCAGCGCCAUUCCCUUGCUCGAGGGUCCAAAAACAGAAGGAGUCACCAUUGAAGACAAUGGCGAGUGCGUGAUCACGCCUAGCACUGAUGUGAAGUUUUCGGGCAGGCUGAAGGAAAAGCACAAGCUCAACUACUGGAAUGACUGGCUGCUGAUAGGGCACCAUGAAACACCAUUAUCUGCCCCCACAAAGAUCCUGGAGAAAUUCCCAAGCAACUUACCAAAGAGGCCUGAAAACGUGAUUCCAGCUGACUCUGAGAAAGCCACUAUUGAAGAGGUCAUUGACAUUGUUGAAGGUUCCUCAACAGAAGGGCCUCCAGCUGCUCCAAGGGAUAUCGAGGAGACUCCUGCUCGGCCCAUCCUGCGCCCGGAGGCUCCGGUGGACUCCUUGCUGAAGGACAUGGCCACAAUCAUCCUCAGCACGUUCCUGCUUGUGGGCUGGGUGGCUUUUAUCAUCACCUACCCAAUGAGUGUCCACCAGCAGCAGCAGAGGCAGCAUCAGCUGGAAGAGAAGAUCCAGCUCUUGCAGCAACAGAAGCUGCCCUUUGGUGCUCCCAGUGACCUCCCACCUGAGGCAGAUUUCCUGGACACGUCAUACGGCCGGACCGAGAGCUCAGCUGCCAGCACCCCAAACCUGUCCCCCAGAGCAUCAAACCACUCUGCCUACUCCAACAUCUCCACAUCUGAUGUUGGCAGCUGCCUCUCCACUGAGCAAGAAGAGGGAGAUGAAGAAGCAAACCGAGUGGUUGUUGGCAAGAUUUCAUUUAACCCUAAAGAUGUAUUGGGACAUGGCGCUGAAGGGACAAUUGUUUACAGGGGCUCCUUUGAUAACCGUGAUGUGGCAGUGAAGAGGAUUCUCCCCGAGUGCUUCAGCUUUGCAGACCGGGAGGUGCAGCUGCUGCGCGAGUCCGACGAGCACCCGAACGUCAUCCGCUACUUCUGCACGGAGAGGGACCGGCAGUUCCAGUACAUCGCCAUCGAGCUCUGCGCGGCCACCCUGCAGGAGUAUGUUGAGCAGAAGGCCUUCAGCCACCAUGGCUUACAACCCAUCACUCUCCUGCAGCAGACAACAUCUGGGCUGGCUUACCUGCACUCCCUGAGUAUUGUCCACAGGGACCUGAAGCCCCACAACAUCCUGAUCUCGAUGCCCAAUGCUCACGGGAAGGUCAAAGCCAUGAUUUCAGACUUUGGGCUGUGCAAAAAGCUGGCAGUGGGCAGGCACAGCUUCAGCCGCCGCUCGGGCGUGCCGGGCACGGAAGGCUGGAUCGCCCCGGAGAUGCUGAGUGAAGACUGCAAAGAGAACCCUACAUACACCGUGGACAUCUUUUCAGCUGGCUGUGUCUUCUAUUACGUGGUGUCUGAAGGUGGCCAUCCCUUUGGCAAGUCCCUGCAGCGGCAAGCCAACAUCCUGCUGGGAGCAUACAGCCUGGAGGCUCUGGAUGCAGGGAGACAUGAAGACAUUGUUGCUCGUGAUUUAAUAGAGCAGAUGAUAAACAUGGACCCUCAGAAACGGCCAUCUGCCAGCUGUGUGCUCAAACACCCCUUCUUUUGGAGUCUAGAAAAACAGCUCCAGUUCUUUCAGGAUGUUAGUGACCGGAUAGAGAAAGAAUCUUUAGAUGGUCCAAUAGUCAAGCAGUUAGAAAGAGGUGGAAGAGAAGUGGUGAAAAUGGACUGGAGAGAGCACAUCACUGUUCCUCUUCAGACAGAUCUUCGAAAAUUCAGAUCCUAUAAAGGUGGCUCCGUCCGGGACCUUCUGAGGGCGAUGAGAAAUAAGAAGCACCAUUACAGGGAAUUGCCUCCUGAAGUGCAGGAGACCCUGGGCUCCAUCCCCGAUGAUUUUGUGUGUUACUUCACAGCUCGUUUCCCUCGCCUGCUCCUGCACACCUACCAUGCUAUGUACAUCUGCUGCCACGAAAGACUCUUCCAGCAUUACUAUGCUGAGGACUCUGCAGAGCUGAGCCUUACAGGAGACGUGGUUUGAGAGGAGAGGGAUGGAGCUUUCUUCUCUGGGACCAACAUUCCAAGCACAGGCCUAUCCUUAGCAGGGAAAAGUGGGAUCAAAGAGCUGAAUUCUCUCUCUUUGAAGAAACCAAAUUUCCAAAAAGUGCCUUGUACCUGUGCCUGUGCUGGAUCAGGAGCUGGUGGAGCCCAGGGCGCGAGUGGUAAAGCGAUGAACCCUGGGGAUGGAGUUCCUGUCUCCAAGGCAGUUUUCAAGACUGUGGAAAGGAAGAGCAAAAGCUGGAUAUAACCAUCACCCAAUAUCCCUGUACUGUAUGUGAUUUUGUAACGGAUGUGUUUUACUACAAAAAAAAUUCUAAUUCAAUGAUUGAAAUCAUAUAAUUACUCGGGACUCGGAUGUGCAAAAGGAGCCCUUUGGUUGUAGCAAAUCAUCUGAACCUGCCAUUGCACUACUGCCACAUCAGGCAUUAGGCACACCCCAGUGAUUGUAAAGGGAAUCAUUCACGAUUAUCCAAAAAAUGGUAUGAAAGUACCAUUUCUGUUUAAUCAGUACUACCCUGGAAAAUUAGUCCCUCAUACUUGAGCAUAAACAGUUUUAAGAAAUACUGACUUGAAACAUCAAUUCAAGGUUUGCCUACUCUGAAAAUAAGCCUUGUUGUUUAAUAUGAGCCAGUAUUCACAGAAGAGGUUGAACAGUCCUCGACUUAACUCACAGUAUGAGAACAGAUCUGCUCAAGUGCCUGCAGCAAACACCGAUGGCAGCUGGGAGCUGCCUGUGGCUCAUCAACUGCAGUUGAUGUCCCUCAAGGGCUAAGAAAGAGCCAGAGCCACAAAGCCAGGGGUGAGAGGAGUCCUGGGAAAAAGAGCUAAACAGGAACCAAG